GCCGCGGCGACCCCGGGCGGGGAGGGCGGGUCCGGAGCCUAGAGGAGAGGGAGGGGGCGAGGCUGGGGGGUCAUGCCCUGGUUGCCCCGCGCCGCGCUCCUCUGGGACGUGGUCCUGGGCUUUUUGGGCACCGCCGCCUUCCUGAUCGACCUGGGCGCCGACCUGUGGGCCGCGGGCCAGUAUGUGCUCAGCGGCCGCUACCUGUGGGCCGCGCUGGUGCUGGCGCUGCUGGGCCUCGCCUCGGUCGCGCUGCAGCUCUUCAGCUGGCUCUGGUUGCGCGCCGACCCCGCCGGCUUGCACGCGCCGCAGCCCCCGGGCCGCUACCUGGCGCUGCUGCAUCUCUUGCAGCUGGGCUACCUGUACAGGGCAUCCAUACCCCACCUGCCUAGGUGUGUGCAGGGGCUGCAGCAGGGGCUCCUGGUGUGGCAGCAGGAGGCGCCCUCCGAGUUUGACCUGGCUUAUGCCGACUUCCUAACCCUGGACAUCAGCAUGCUGCGGCUCUUCGAGACCUUCUUGGAGACGACACCACAGCUCACGCUGGUGCUGGCCAUCGUGUUGCAGAGCGGCCGGGCCGAGCCCUACCAGUGGGUCGGCAUCUGCACGUCUUUCAUGGGCAUCUCGUGGGCGCUGCUUGACUACCACCGGGCCUUGCGCACCUGCCUCCCCACCAGGUCGCGCCUGGGGCUGGGCUCCUCUGUGUUCUACUUCCUGUGGAACCUGCUGCUGCUGUGGCCCCGAGUGCUGGCCGUGGCCCUCUUCUCUGCUCUCUUCCCCCACUACGUGGCCCUGCACUUCCUGGGCCUGUGGCUGGUGCUGCUGUCGUGGGUCUGGCUGCAGGGCACAGACUUCAUGCCAGACUCCUGCUCGGAGUGGCUGUACCGGGCCACUGUGGCCACCAUUCUGUACUUCUCCUGGUUCAAUGUGGCCGAGGGCCGCACCCGAGGCCGCGCCACCAUCCACCUGCUGUUCCUCCUGAGUGACAGUGUCCUCAUGGUGGUCACGUGGUUGACUCACGUCACCUGGCUGCCCAGUGGGAUCCCACUGCAGAUGUUGCUGCCAGCGAGUGGCGUCUGCUUCCUCUUGGGCCUGGCUCUGCGGCUCGUGUACUACUGCUGGCUGCACCCAAGCUGCCGCUGGGAGCCUGACCAGGUGGAUGGGGCCCAGGACGUCUGCUCCCUCGAGGGGCGUCGGCUGCCUCACAACAGGCGCUUGACCCACUUGGCUCGGAACUUUUUCCCCAGGGUUAGGGAUGAGGCUGCUUUGCCACAGAAGGGAGAGGAGAAUGGGGUCCUUUGAGGCGAGGCCCGACCCGGCAGGCACAGAACAGAUGGAAUGAACUGGUAGAAUGCAGAAGAUAAGCUAAUGAUGCAGCUAUGGGCCUGGAUUCCCUCAGGAAGCACUUGAUGCCUGAUGUGCCAGGCACUGGAGACCAGAGUUGAGUAAGGACACAGGCCUGCCUUUGAGGAUGAGAACAAGAUGAGAACA